CAGCUCUUUGAAAGCAUCAAUCAAAAUGAAGUUCGCAGUCCUAAUCUUCGCAGUCCUGGCCCUCGCCUUGGUCAACGCCCAAAAAGCCGAUGAUGAUCUCAAAUCAGGUGGCAAGUAGGAUCCCGUCCUUGGCGGCCCUACACGAGUCCCAAUUAUGAACAAAUAAAUUGAGGACCACUUAACCAAGGUUUUUAAUUUUGAUAUUGGUUUUAAAAGGUUAAAAAUCAGAUAAGAAUGAGUCAAAAUCUGCUAAGUGGGCACCUUCUAUUCCGAAGGUCCAAAUGUCAGGAAACUUUUGGCUUUUUUGAGAUGUUCGAAGCUUUACCGAAUUUUCAAUAUUCCAUUUUCGUCAUGAGAGACAUCAACAAGUCAAACGAGCUAUAAUCUUCUUAAAGUGACUAUAAAUCUAUUGAAGUAAUGUUUAUUUACUGAAUUCAUACAAUACAAAGAAUAACUACUUAUUCACUUUUUAAGGUAGAGUGUAGAUUAUGAACUUCUUAGCUCUAACCUGAUUUAAACUCCGCCGUUUUGGCAUUCUCCUUCUUCAACGCCCAGCCCAAAACGCUUAAGAAAGGACUUAAUCUCUGAAAGCUAGGCUAAACUCUUCAGCAAGUGUUUUGACUAGACAGUCAUAAUUCAAGACACGAAAGAGUCAUUCGAUACAUGGAUAAUCAAUCGAUUCGUUUGGUAGCUUAAGCCUUUGCCAAAGUACAUAAAAACCACUGUUUCUUGGCUUUCCCCAACAAAAUGAAGCUAGCUGUUCUGCUCGUCACCAUCCUUGGACUUGCCCUCGUGGAGGCCUAUCCCCUGCCAAAAGGUCCUCCCACUUUUGGAUGGACUAAAAUAGGAGGUUGACCUUCAUGUUACUGACAAUCAUUAAAUCAAAUUUUAUUCCAACCAUGUCCAAAGAUAUAAACCGUUUUUGAAAACUGUAAUCAUUUUCAGGUUUAAUUGCCUGUAGAACAAAAGCAUGUUUAUAAGUGGGGAAAGAGGUCUUAGUUUAGACUGAGUCCAAUCAAUUUUUCUUCAUUCGUAACUAUUGCCAAUCCGGCUUUAAUAGGAUCGUAUUUUAUUGCCGUAAUGCAGUUAUUAGCAUCACCUCUUAAAAUGAAGUUUACAAGAUUUGUCCUGGCAGUUCUGAACAUCAUUAUUAUUUGGCCACCUAUAAACUUAACUAAAAAUUCCACCGGCUAAGAUGUUGUCUUUUUUAAUAAUCACAAAGCAUUUGACCACAUUCAAAUGCUAGAAGUGUGUGUAUCAUUAAUAAAAUCAGCUUACAAAAACCAUAAA